GCUUUGUAUUCGCAACAAUAGUGAAUGGAAGCGGUUUAAGUCUGUCGCGCGAAGUCCAAAAUACAGAAAAUAAAACUUUAAGAGUCGCAGUGGGGUAAGACCAGGACAACUACACCUGCAUCCUGUACUGCACCAACAUGAGAGUUCUGAAAUUAGACGAGUCUGUGAUGAGGCAGUUGGACUGUUCUUCCAGCCCAGCGGUCCGCAGGGUUGAGAUGGAGCGUGGCAGAGCUGGCUACGGAUUCACCAUUGCCGGCCAAGCACCCUGUGUCCUGCAUGGAAUAAUAAAAGGCAGUCCGGCAUACAGUGUCGGACUACGUCCUGGUGACCACAUCCUGCGCGUAAAUGAUAAGGAUGUAUCUGAGGAGUCACAUGAAGUUGUGGUGAAGCUCAUCGGCACAUCAUCACGGUCACUGUGUUUGUUGGUCACAUCAGGUGACAGGCAGACCCUGCGCCCCUGCUCCAGUGUCGAGGAGCGUGGUUGUCAAAGUAAGGAUAAAUUCCCAUGGCUCACUUCUGGAAAAAAUAACCCUUUCUCAGAAGAACCUAGUGGCAAUUACACGGGAGAACCAAUGCUUCAGUCAGUUGGAAGUUUUGAUACUAUUUUUGAAAUCUCAGAUCGAGGCACCAUGACCACACAACAAGAGAGGCAGAAAAAACAGAGACCUUUGUCCGAACCGAAUAUGUCUUAUUGGGUACAACAAUGCAGACCGAGAGGCCACCCUAUUAGUCUUCUGCAGAAUGAGAGGUCUCGAGUUAUGAGUGAGGACUCAGUUUUUUCAGACCUUCAAAAUCAGAAUGAUUUUGUGUCAGACUCAAGCCUCCUGAAUGUAGCAAUGAUUGUGGGAUACAUUAACUCUAUGGAACUGGAGUUAGUGAUGUCACAGUCUGAAGAGAAGGCAUUGCAAGCCAUUCGUGAAUGCAUCAGUCAGUUAGGUAUUGAGCAGAAGACCCAUUCGUUGGUCAUGAUGAAAAUUAAAUGCAACUGUGUUCAGCUUUGUGAUGACAGAGAUGCUGUUCUUGCAUCAUACCCUGCAGAGAGCCUGGCACUUUGCGUAAUUUGCAUAGAGGACAGCAGGUUUUUUGGUCUUGCCUCGAUUGAUUCCACCAAAAAUGGAGAUGAUGUAACAAAGACAGGCACUCUAAAGAUAUUGUGCCAUGUCUUUUUCAUAGAUCCAGAACUUUAUGACCACAAAGAGCACCAAAGCAUCAUGUGGCACUUUGGAAUUACGUGCACUCCAGAUCCAGACACUAAAGGCUGUUUGGAGUUUCCACAAACUCCCCACUCAAUUUCACACUUUGUGUCUGUCCUCAAUUCUGACAUGGGAGACUAUAUUGAAAAGCUGAGACUUAAACUUGACAGUCAAAAUCCAGAAGAAUGCCAGCAAAAUAUGCGGAACAGUGGCAGUGACAGUGGGAUUGGAAAUUUGUCACCAGAGGAUCAAAACAGCCUCACUGGCCAGUGGAGCUCUGCAUCUCCAAGCAUUUCAAACCCACUACCAGAUUAUUCCCAGCACAGGAAUAGUGCACUUCUCAAACCAGUGCGCAGGUGCCUCCUGUCAGAACCUCUAACAGGUCCUGCUCAAACGGUGGCUCAGGCAGGUGUCUCUGGUGGGGAAAAUGGUUCAGCUUUUACCCCUUUUCCUUUGAGUAUGCAAUCCAAUUUGACAUCUAAGCACAAAUGCAGUCAACACCGACCUUUAGGUUUAAAGGCCCGCUGGCAGAAAUCUCAUCCCAAUAGCGUUGAGAGCUUGGUGGAGAAGGACAAUGAUGGGCCCGGAGGUAAAAAUAACCUCCUUCCACCCGCUAUGGAACAAAUUCCAACUCUCAGAUACAAACCGCUAGAAGACCUCAAACACCCUCAGAGCUGCAGGCUCUUCAGCAGUGCAUCGAAACAAAAGGAAGUUGAAAACAAGGGAUCCAUAUUUUGGGCACUUACUAAAGGACGCUCCUCUAUUCGAAGGACUGUGGGUCCCGCUAAACGACUCAGCCUGGCUCAUUCACUCAAUGACCUUGAGUCGGCUGCUACAGGCGGGGGUGAGUACUCUGUUUUAACCAUUUUUACCAAACUGAAUUAA